AUGACGAGAAGUCGAAAAAUCGAUCAAAUCGUCUCCUUUUUGUUGCUUUUUCUCUUGUACAUCUCAUCAAUUGAGGCAAUCGAACCGGAUCCUGUCUACUAUCCGCUUCGUUUCCUUCACUCCGAGAAUGACGAGUUCCUGAAAUAUUUAGGAGAACGGGUAAAAUUAUCUUGUCACGUGUUCGACAGUCGUUAUUCGACUCUCGAAUGGACGAGAAACGGAGAAGUGAUCACGGAAGCGGAGUAUUCAUCGAAAAGAGUACGAAAACCGCAUCCAUUUGUUUUGGAAAUAUCGGAUUUGGAAGUGAGAGAUCAUGGAAUCUGGGCGUGCAAUGUCACAAAUCCGCACGGAUCGAUCACAAGAAAUUUCACGAUUGAGAUUGCAGAUUUGUGUGCUUAUUAUGAAGGCGGUAAUUUCUCGUCAUAUCCCCUGGAAUGUGUUUGUGUUUGGUUUUACACGAAACGACCACCGGGAAAACCGAUCGACUAUAUGGCGAUCGAAGCGAAACCCGACGAAUGUCAGCCAUACUCGAAAAGAAACGAGCGUCUCCGUUUGACCUCAUCUCCUCCACCUCCCCAUUUCCCCUCUCAUCCACCCUCUUCAAUCGGUCUUCCUCUGCCCACUCCUUCACAAAAAAUCGACGAUUUUCUUGCAUGGAAUGAAAGCUCGCUGAAUGCAACUGUUCAAAUUAUAAAAGUGGCCGAAUUGAGUAGCGAGGAGUUGAUUGAAGAGAGCCCGAGAAUUGAAACAACGCCAAAACCGAGAAAGAAAGUGACGACGGUGAAGCCGAAAGAAACGACAACUCCUGCAGAGCCGCCACAUUUCGUUGUCACCGAACACCUCCCAUUGAUCACUCUACCAGCUGGACGGACGAUCAAAUUGAAUUGCAAGGCGAAUGGGACAAACUUACAUUACGUUUGGCACAAAAACGAGGCCGUUAUCGUACAAGGAAGUCCCAGGGCGACUGGUUACAUUUAUGGAUUGAGAAAUCAUUCCCUAGAAUUGGAGGACUCAGUGCCUUCGGAUUCGGGACUCUACAAGUGCUUGAUCCAAAAUAAUCUCGGCUCGAUCGAGAGAGAAUUCGUGGUGAAAGUCGUGGAAAGACUACGAUCAGCGCCGGUCAUUCUGCCGAAUGUUCUCAGAAAUCAGACUGUUAAUGUCAAUGGGAGUGCCACGUUCACUUGUGAAGUCAUUUCUGAUCUCACUCCGCAUAUCGUUUGGGUGAAAAUGGAGAAAACUGACGGAGAGUAUUUCUAUUUAAAUCAAACCGUUGGAGAGGUGAUGUUCGCCUAUGUGCUCAUGGAUAAUUAUCCAAAAGCCUACAUCACAAACACAGCAAACUCAUCAACGUUACGAUUGGUGAAUGCAACAUCAGAAGAUCAAGGGAUAUACGCGUGUAUAACCGGGAACUCUUUGGGAAAGGCGAUGGCCAACGCAAGCCUCAUCGUUAAUGAGUUUCGCACUUUGACUCUACCCACUGGAAAGGCUCAAUCUCAAGGCGUCCCAUUAUCGAUUCUCAUCCUAUCACUGAUCUUCAUUUUCCUCCUGUUUUUGUUGUGCAUGCUUUUAUUGACUUACUACCUCUGCAUGAAAAUAAAUCGAAAAAAAAUGGAGGAAGCGACGAAAUUAUUGCCGAGAAGGAAAAAAGUUGUUGUUCGUCAAAAGGAUCAUGGCGGAACGCGUACCGGAUGGUCCGAUCUACCGUCAACCUAUCAAAUUCAAAUCAUCGAUCAAAAUCCGCAUCAAAGAGCUGCUGGAGGUGGAACAAGACAAUCGCAUAUCUCGUCAGAUCUCACCAUCAAUUGUGAGUACGAGAUUGAGGAGGACCCAGGAUGGGAGAUCGAUCGAUCCAGAAUCAAACUCGUUGACCAACUCGGCGAGGGUGCUUUCGGCGAAGUGUGGCGCGCGAUUCUCACCGUCAAAAAGGAAGACUAUCCAGAAGGGGCUAUUGACCCAGUUCCUUUUGAUCAACCAGUUGCCGUGAAACGUCUAAAAUCGACGGCGCACGAGCGCGAGCUAAGGGAUUUAGUCUUGGAGAUGACGAUCUUAAAGACUCUUGAUGAGAUGGAUUACACCCGGGGAAAGGAGAACGUUUUACGAUUGCUCGGUUGUUGCACAGGAGUCGGGCCAUUGUUGGUGGUGCUUGAGUUGUGUCCGCAUGGGAAUUUAAGAGACUUCCUCCGAGCUCAUCGACCCCGCGAGGACUCUGAGCCCACUUCACCACAUUCAACCGCUUUCCCCGGCGACUAUCUAGAGCCAAGAAAGCCAAGAGAGCGAAUUUUGAUCGAUCCACUCACUCAGCGACAUCUCGUCGAUUUCGCCUAUCAGGUUUCCAACGGGAUGCUCUUUUUGAGUAGUAAACAGAUCAUUCACCGAGAUCUUGCCGCUCGAAAUGUGCUUGUCGCUGAGGAUUUUGCGAUGAAAAUCUCGGAUUUUGGACUUUCACGGAACACAUCGAGUUCAAAGGAUUAUUAUAGGAAACGGGGUAACGGACGAUUGCCGAUCAAAUGGAUGGCUCCUGAGGCGCUUGAAGAGCACAUGUACACCACAGAAAGUGAUGUCUGGUCCUUUGGCAUCCUUUUGUGGGAGAUCAUGACCCUUGGUGGCACUCCGUAUCCAACCAUUCAAAUGCAUCACUUGUAUGAUCGUUUGAAAGAGGGAUAUCGAAUGGAGUCACCGCACAAUUGCCCGCAAGAGAUCUACAAUGUGAUGCUGGGGUGUUGGCAGGAUGUGCGCGAGAGAAGACCGUCUUUUUCGACAAUUUGUGACUAUCUUCAAUGGAUGUUGGAAGAGUCGGAUCGAGCUGCGGCAGCGAUGAAUGAGAUCGAAAGCCAAACCUCCGAUUCAUCACAAACCGAUCUCGACAAUCUUGCCCCCGCUCCACCACGAGAGAUCGAUGGAUCAACGAUGCCUAGACGAAAAGCUCGCCCACUUUCAGCUCCAGUUGUUCUACCAACAGAGGGAAUUCCGCACUCAAUCUGCGAUGAUGAUGAUGAUGAGAGACGAGAUGAUGACGAGGACGAUGACGAAGAUGAGGGGCCAUUGAUUGUGAAUGGACAACCCGUUGAGGGGAUACCAUUGCUGCCUACAAGCAAGUCAUCAUCCUCUUCAACGAGUACUCCAAAAAAGAAAAUCUCUUCGAGUUCAUCAAGUUCAUCAAACGGUGAUCAUCCGGGUCGACGUGUACCCCCGCCAUUGCCGACAAGGGAAAGCCAACAAAAUGAGAUGAUGACCUUCUCCCCACUCCAUCGUCCUCCCAUUCAUUCAAUGACAGCCGAUUCGGCUCUUGGCUCUCCUUCAUGGAUCUCAUCAAAUCACAAUUCACAUUUCCCCUUAUCUUUAUCCGACAGCGAGUAUGCAAUCCCAAUAAUCGGCAAUCGAAACACCCCGAAUCAUGACUAUAUGAAUGUUGGCGGGAGUUCGACUCAAUCACAGUCGACAAAACGUUUCCUUUUCCCCAAUCAAAGUGAUUAUGCUAGUGGGAGAGAGGAAAAUAACAAACAAAAUCCAUCAACAUCAAAUGAAAAGAAAGGAGAUGAGCAAAAAGAAGAGAAUCGACGACACUCCAUGGACUCGAGAGCAUCUUCUGGUCGUGGCGGUUCGUCCGGCGUCUCUUCAUCCGAGGGACUUGGCGGUCUAUCAGAUCUUGUCCAAAUCGAGGUCCUUCCCUCCUCUUCCCAUUCAUUUCCACAAGCUCGUGUCACUCGUUCAACAAUUCCUCCAAUUCCACCAACUCCACCAAUUCCACCAAUUCCACCAAUUCCUCAACCACCAAACCCUCCAAAUUCUUCGUCAAAUCAAAUUCCCAGCCGAUCCACACGAACAGCAAGUCCUGUAGCGAAAAAUGAUAUCAACAUUGUG